AUGACCACUCUUUCCAGCUUGCACGAAUGGUCAGACAAGCUAAAGGCAGAGGGCAAGGAAGUCCCCAAGGAUGUGGUCAACUACGAGGCUCUCAUCGAAAAAGAUCUGAAAUUCGUGGAAGGCUACUCCAAGCAACUCAACAACAACAAGGCGUUGAUGGAACGGUUGGGCAAAGAUAUCAGUGCCUACAAUCACAUUAAGCAAUUGAGAAUGAACGCGAUAAACAUAUCCAAUAAAGGACAAUUCAACAACAGUAUUUGGGGCGAAGGUUACCAAGGCUACGGUAACGGAAUAACCAGCACAGCCACUAAAUUGGUUCUUCCCGAGCGGGACUGGACAGAUGAUCAAAUCAACAAGAAGGUGAUGAAGAAUAUCGACAAGCCUCGUGACCUUAUACCUAUCCGUUUAGGCUUUGACCUCGAAAGAGACCGGUUCAAGUUGAGAGACACUUUCUUGUGGGAUUUGAACGAGGAGGUGUUGACGGUGGAAUCUUUCGCAAAGCAAUUGGUGGACGACUACAAACUUAUUGCGCCUGGUUUCUACGAUACUGUCGCAGCAUCUAUCAGAGAACAGAUUAACGAUUAUCAAAAGAACCCUACAAAACCUUUGGGGGAGUUGAGAAUUCCCAUAAAAAUAGAUGUGACCAUAAACAACAUUCAGCUUACAGACCAAUUCGAAUGGGAUAUUUUGAACUUCGAGGAAAAUGAUCCAGAAGACUUUGCAGUGAUCAUGUGUGACGAAAUGAGUUUACCAGGAGAGUUCACCACUGCUAUAGCACACACUAUCAGAGAGCAAACCCAGUUCUUUCACAAGACCCUCUACAUGGUCGGAUACAACUUCGAUGGCAGUUCCGUGCAAGAAGAAGAAAUCAGAACCCAUUUGUUGCCAGCAUUGAGAUUGGUGUCUGCAAACUACACGUUGAUGGACGACUUUUUCUCCAUCUUGAGAAAUCCUACCACAGUGGCAGACUACUCGCCAUCCUUGGUGAAGUUGAGUCAAUUGGAGGUGGAGCGUUUAGACAAAGAGAUUGAAAGAGAGAGUCGUCGGAAGAGACGACACAAUGCCACCGAGCUGGAGCUUCCAUCCACCAGCGGAAGAGGCACCACUUCCAGAAGAACAGCUUUCCAUGUGGGUAGAGGAGGGCCCUCGUUGCCGGACCUUUCGGACUUGCCCAAGACUUUCCGCACCCCAGCACCCUCCAGUAUUUUGCCUGGUGCCGUGGAUUUGGGCGUGCCAGAUAUCUAUGAAUACACCGAGAUAUAUGCCAACAAGACCCAGGUCAGAAACCCCGACUACAAGCCUCCACCACAACCCAUCAAGGACCAGGUCAGGUAUCACCACGACCCUAUCCUCGGAAGUCUUUACGUGCGUAUCAAGUUGCCCCAGAGGCGUUAA